AGUACUGCGAGUUCGUUCCAGUGGUGCAUAUCGUCGGGUACCCGACCGUCGCGGCGCAGCGCAGCCAGGCGAUCAUGCAUCAUUCGCUCGGGGAUGGGCGUUUUGACAUGUAUGAGAACAUGGCGAAGCACAUCACCGCCGCUACGACUGUGAUUACGAACCCGCCGACUGCGGCGGCUGAGAUUGAUAGGGUGUUGAAUAUGAUGAUGCGGGAAUCGAGGCCGGUGUAUGUUGGCCUUUCGGUGGAUAUCGCGUAUGAGAUGAUCUCCAGCGCGCCGUUGGCCAGUCCGAUCACGACGUCUCUGCUGCAGAAUAAUCCGGAGCUAGAGAGAAAGGUGAUCGCUGAGAUCUUAUCGAAAAUCGAGAGGGCAGCUGAGCCUAUUAUCAUUGUUGACGGAGGAGCUGUGCGACACCAAGUGCUUUCCGAAGUCAACGAGCUCGUCGAACUCACCUCAUUCCCAACCUUCGUCACGGCGAUGGGUAAGAGCGGUGUGAAUGAGGAACUCCCGAACUUUGGUGGAGUCUACGGUGGAGCGGGAACGCAUCCUGGUGUAAAAGAGGCCAUUGAGAGCUCUGAUGCGGUAUUAUGGAUCGGGAACUUUCCGUCUGACUUUAACACGGGCGAGUUUACGACCGACGUCAAAGAAGAGAUCACUAUAGACUUCCAGCGAUUCUCGGUAAAAGUUGGCGAAGUCAAGUACAACGUAGCUAUGAAAUAUGUACUUGGAAGCCUCAUCAAAGAACUACGACAAAAGUCGGUUUCAAAGUCUCCGAGAAACGUCACAUGGAAUCCGUUCCCUGUCAAAACCUUCUCCGACAGUGUUGAGCUCAAGCAGGAAUUUCUCUGGCCGUCUUUGGGUUCAUUCUUCCGCCCUGGCGACAUCGUCAUCGGCGAGACAGGCACUUCUGCCUUCGGUCUCUGCGAUUCCAAACUUCCCAAAGGUGUCAUGAUGUUCAAUCAAACCGUCUACGGCAGUAUCGGCUACGCGACUGGAUCGAUUGUGGGAGUUGGCCAGUCGAUCAAAGAGAGUGGCGGCAAAUGGAAAAGACCAAUCCUGGUCACCGGAGAGGGCAGCAUGCAUCUAACCGUCCAGGCCAUCGCGGACAUGCUGCGCUGGGAUUUAAGGCCAAUCAUUUUUGUCUUGAAUAACGGAGGUUAUACUAUCGAGCGCCUCAUCCACGGCAAAGACGCCUCCUAUAAUGAGGUCGCAAUCUACGAUUACAGCGCUCUGGCCAAAGCGCUUGGUCCGGCGCAUCCGGCGAAGUAUCAUGGACCCGUCAAGACAUGUGGUGAUCUGACCAAGCUCUUGAAAGAACCCGGAUUCGGUGAUGCUGGUUGCUUUGAGCUUGUUGAGUUGGUUUUGGGCCGACUGGAUGCACCGGGGUCAGUCAUCAAGACUGGUGCGGCUAUCGAUGAGUUUAACAAGGCGAAGGUGCAGAAGACUGUGCCAGGCGGCUAAGAGAAAGAUCCUGGUGCAACUUUUUGUUUCCAAGACUAUCGUAGCUAUUACCUUAUAUUCGACCAUGAAUAUCUUGGUCCGUUCCCACAGAAUAAAACCUCAAUGACGGCCGAUACCAUUUGCCUCUGUGAAGCCGAGAUCUGUGGUGCUAGGAGUGACAAGACCC